UCCCAGAUCUGGGAAAAGUACCAUUUUUUCUUCUUUUGCAGGUAUUGAGUAAAGGAAAGAAUUUGUAAAGAGAAAAACAGAGAUUUGAGCUGGAGUGGUUGGGGUUGCCUGGAGGCGUCACUAUGUCGUCCUUGAGUCGAGAACUGGUUUUCUUGAUCCUGCAGUUCUUGGAUGAAGAGAAGUUCAAGGAGACAGUACAUAAGUUGGAGCAAGAAUCUGGUUUCUUCUUCAAUAUGAAGUACUUUGAGGACCAAAUUCAAGCAGGUGAAUGGGACGAAGUUGAACGCUAUUUGAGUGGAUUCACGAAGGUCGAGGAUAACCGCUAUUCGAUGAAAAUUUUCUUUGAAAUAAGAAAGCAAAAAUAUCUUGAAGCUCUUGAUAGACAAGACCGAGCGAAAGCUGUUGAGAUUCUUGUGAAGGAUCUGAAGGUGUUUGCAUCUUUCAAUGAAGAUCUUUUUAAGGAGAUCACCCAGCUUCUAACUCUUGACAAUUUUAGGCAGAAUGAGCAGCUCUCCAAAUAUGGGGACACAAAGUCAGCACGAAAUAUUAUGCUGGUUGAAUUAAAAAAGCUUAUAGAAGCAAAUCCAUUAUUUCGUGAAAAGCUCACCUUGCCUUCUUUCAAAGCAUCACGAUUGAGGACAUUGAUCAAUCAAAGUCUAAACUGGCAGCAUCAACUUUGCAAGAAUCCGCGUCCAAACCCAGAUAUAAAAACACUUUUUAUGGAUCACACUUGUGCUUCUAGUAAUGGCACGCGUGCAACUACACCUGCUAAUAACCCUCUUGCUGGACCAAUUCCGAAGUCUGGUGUUUUUCCUCCUCUUGGAGCUCAUGGACCAUUCCAGCCACUUGUUCCCCCCCCUCCAAGUGCCCUUGCAGGUUGGAUGUCAAGUGCCACCCCUUCGAUUCCUCAUGCUGCUGUUGCGGCAGGUCCUCCUGGUCUUGUUCAGGCUACUAGUUCUGCUGCGUUUCUGAAACAUGCAAGGACGACUCCAGGUGGUCCUGGAAUGGAUUAUCAAACUGCCGAUUCGGAACAUUUAAUGAAACGCAUUGGCGCUGGCCAGUCAGAUGAGGUAUCCUUUCCCGGUUCAUCUCAUCCUCCCAAUAUUUAUUCACCAGACGACCUUCCUAAAACUGUUGUACGGAACCUUAGCCAAGGAUCUAAUGUCAUGAGCAUGGACUUCCAUCCGCAGCAACAGACUGUUCUUCUAGUUGGAACAAAUGUUGGUGACAUUAGCAUUUGGGAAGUUGGUUCCCGAGAAAGGUUAGCACUGAAAAACUUCAAGGUUUGGGAUAUAUCAGCUUGUUCAAUGCCAUUCCAAGCAACAUUGGUUAAAGAUGCCACCAUAUCUGUUAAUCGAUGCAUAUGGGGUCCUGAAGGAUCUAUACUCGGUGUUGCUUUUUCGAAGCACAUUGUUCAGAUAUAUACGUACAAUCCAGCUGGAGAAUUAAUACAACACUUAGAGAUUGACGCUCAUAUUGGUGGCGUUAAUGAUAUUGCCUUCGCUCAUCCUAAUAAGCAGCUAUGCAUAGUUACAUGUGGUGAUGACAAGACAAUUAAGGUGUGGGAUGCUGUUGCUGGUCGCAAGCAGUAUACAUUUGAAGGUCAUGAAGCUCCUGUAUAUUCUGUCUGUCCUCACUAUAAAGAGAAUAUUCAGUUUAUCUUCUCUACUGCCAUUGAUGGAAAAAUAAAAGCAUGGCUUUAUGAUUCCUUGGGAUCGAGAGUAGAUUAUGAUGCCCCUGGACUUUGGUGCACGACAAUGGCAUACAGUGCUGAUGGAACCAGGUCUGUUCAAAAUCCGUUUCUGGUUAUUCUUUUUUUUGUUGGGAUGCUCUCAUGUGAUGUAGAUGGCUUCAUUUUGUUGGAUUGACCCCGUGGGUAAAAU